AUGUCACUGGUCAACCAUUACACGCUUGUGGGUGCGGGCUCGACCCGCACGCACGACAAAAUCAAGGCGGCAGUCCAAGGCGUGGACAUGUAUGCUCGACAGACCCUACGAGAGCUUGCAGCACACAGUGGUACCCCCAAGACCACCAUCGUGCAGCGCAUGAAGGACGAGAAGCAACUCCAAGCAAGAUCAAGGUACGUCCGACCCCACUUGACCGACGCCAACACGGACGCACGGAUGAAGCAUGUCAUGAACUUCCCCAACCUACGCCAAAUGGGAACCAAGUUUUCGCCCAUAUGA